AUGUUUCUUCAAGUUCUUGCCCAUCAUAAAAAAAUACGAAUAGUUGCCUAUGACUUCAAAAGGUCUGGUGAUACUGUUAGCAAGUGCUUCAACAGAGUGCUUGAAGUGGUACUUAAAUUGCAUCAGAUUUUAUUUGUUUCCCCUCAACCGAUUGGUGAUGCUGAGACAAAUGAGAAUUGGAAGCAUUUUAAGGGUUGUUUGGGCGCUUUGGAUGGAACCUUUAUACAAGUGAGAGUACCACUCACCGAAAAACCUAGGUAUAGAUCGAGAAAAGGAGAAAUUGCAGUUAAUGUUUUAGGUGUAUGCGAUAGAAACUCCAACUUCAUUUAUAUAUUAUCUGGAUGGGAGGGCUCUGCCGCAGAUAGUCGCAUUCUUCGUGAUACCGUGAUGCGGCCUAAUGGCUUUAAAGUGCCAAUAGGUAAUUAUUACUUAUGUGAUGGCGGCUAUAUGAACACAACUGAAUUCUUAACACCAUAUAGGGGUAAGAGGUAUCAUUUAAAAGAAUGGAGUGAGGGUAGAUCAGCACCUCAAAAUCCUGAAGAAUAUUUCAAUAUGAAACAUAGCAGGGCACGAAAUGUAAUAGAAAAAUCUUUUGGAUUGCUAAAAACUCGAUGGGCUGCCUUACGAAGCAAUACUUUCUAUCCCAUCAAAGUCCAAAAUCGUAUCAUCAUGGCUUGUGCGCUCGUGCAUAAUUUUAUCAGAACAAAUAUGGAGUAUGAUCCCUGGGAAUUGCAAAUCGGUGAUAUCUUCCAUGGAAGCGACGACGACUUCAUUUCAAGUCUUGAUCCUUCUGGAUCUUGGACCGAUUGGUGUGAUAAUUUAGCACACAUGGAGGCAACAAUGACAACUAGAGAUGAACAUCAAAAGGUCGCAUUGUUCGUAGACAUGACUCGUGAAGAAGAAGACGGGUUGAUAGCUGAGUUGAAGUAG